AUGAUUGCCAUCGGCCUUGAAGGAUCAGCUAACAAGCUAGGGGUUGGUAUUAUCCUCCAUCCAGAUAAUGGUGGCGAACCGCGAGUCCUCGCGAACAUUCGUCACACUUAUGUCUCCCCGCCCGGAGAAGGCUUUCUACCCAAGGACACAGCAAAACACCACCGCAAAUGGGUGGUAUCUUUAGUCAAAGCCGCAUUGAAAGAGGCAGAAAUUGGUAUUAGUGAUGUUGAUUGCAUCUGCUAUACCAAGGGACCUGGGAUGGGACCCCCGUUACAGAGUGUAGCUCUGGCCGCCCGCACGCUGAGUUUACUCUGGGGGAAGCAAUUGGUCGGGGUUAAUCACUGCGUGGGACAUGUUGAAAUGGGCCGUUAUAUCACUGGGGCCCAAAAUCCCAUCGUGCUCUACGUUUCCGGUGGGAACACCCAGGUGAUUGCAUACAGCUCCCAGCGAUACCGCAUCUUUGGGGAAACACUCGACAUCGCCGUGGGUAACUGUCUCGACCGCUUUGCGCGCACGCUACAUAUCUCUAACGACCCUGCGCCCGGAUACAAUAUCGAGCAAUUGGCGAAGAAGGGCAAGAGACUGGUGGAGCUACCAUAUACCGUGAAGGGAAUGGACUGUUCUUUCUCGGGAAUUCUAGCCGCUAUUGAUGCAUUAGCGGCAGCAUAUGGAUUGAGUGGAGACCAACAAGCGAAGGAAAAUAUUGGCCUUACAGAGGAUGCCCUGAAGCUCAAAGUUGAUUCGGUGGACAAGUACAAUAACGAAGACGGAAUCCCCACUCGAGAAGACCUCUGUUUCUCGUUGCAAGAAACCGUCUUCUCCAUGCUGGUUGAGAUAACGGAGCGCGCGAUGGCACAUGUCGGCUCUAGAGAAGUUCUUAUCGUCGGCGGGGUGGGAUGUAAUGAGCGGUUGCAAGAGAUGAUGGGAAUAAUGGCUCGCGAUCGAGGUGGGAACCUUUUUGCGACAGACGAGCGAUUCUGCAUUGAUAACGGGAUCAUGAUCGCUCAGGCAGGAAUUUUGGCAUAUAAAACCGGAUUCACAACCAAACUAGAGGAUUCAACUUGUACACAGAGAUUUAGGACGGAUGAGGUAUUUGUACAGUGGAGAGGUGAUUGA